CCAUGACAGGCGCCCAAGGCACGCAGGUGGUGAACGGGGGGCGUGAGCGGGGCGGGCACGGGCGCGGCGCCCCAGGGGAGCCUGCAGAGCCAGCUGGCCCUGAAGGGGCUUACCAAGGUGGUGACGGCGGCGGGGCAAGCGGCGGUGAUCAUGUCCAAGCCCGGCACCGUGACCGCCGUGCCGUCCAGCGGGCAGGCGGGGGCGGUGCCCCUGCCGCAGAGCAUGCAGAUUCUCAACAUGCGGCCCGGCCAGACCAUCAAGACCACGCAGGGCACCACCAUCACGCCGCGCAUGAUCCUCAACCAGGCGCAGGUCCUGCCCGCCGGCAUCAGGCCUGGCCAGCCCGGGCAAAUCACCCUGGGGCCUCUGCAGGGUCUUCCCCCAGGGGCGCAGGGACACUUACUGGUGAAAACAGAGAAUGGACAGCUGCAGUUGUUGAGGGUAAACACAGCCUCCGCCACCCCUGGGCCCCUCCCAGCGGCCGUCACCACCACCACCACGUUGCAGCAGCCCCCCAAUGCAGCAUACCGUUUCCAGCCCCCUCAAGCUGGUUCCGUGGCAGUGAGGUCGGUCAUGGCGACGUCUGCUGGCGCUCGGUCCACAGCCAUCCUACUCCAGUCACAACCCAGUAACACCGUGGCACUGACCUCCUCCAACACCACCACCACCUCCAUAGCCACCCAGGCAGUGCCCACCAUCACCGCCCCCACCACUGUUGCCGUCACCCCGGGCACCACUGUGGCGGGCACCACCGUCGUGCCCACCCAGCCCACCUCCGCCGCACCCACCCCCACCACACAGCAGUCGCAAGCCACGUCGGUUGGCUCUCAAACUAUAUCAGCUGAAUCUGCAAAAACGAAAUGCAAAAACUUUCUGGCGACGCUGCUCAAGCUGGCCAGCGAGCAGCGGGCGCCGGUGGCCAGAAAUGUGCGCACACUGAUCCAGGGCUUGAUAGAUGGCAGGGUGGAGCCCGAGGCCUUCACCGAGGAGCUGCAGAAGGACCUCAACUCCUCCCCGCAGCCAUGUCUCGUUCCCUUCCUCAAGAAAACCUUGCCGUACCUCCGACUGUCCCUGGCGAAGCACGAGCUGACCAUAGAGGGAGUGCGGCCGCCACCCUUCACCGCUGUCAGUCCUGUAUCCGGCGUCACCACUGUCAUACCCGCUAUGUCCAUGGCUCGUCCAGUGGCCCCUACCACCUCCGGCACCGUCAGAAUGGUUGCCCCCACUGCUGUUGCCUCCGUGUCCACCGCCACUGUGGUGCAGCGGCCGGCCGGCACCACCACUGGCGCCACUGCUGUCGCCGCUGCCGCUACACCCUCCAGAGUAGUGGCUCCGGUGCGCAUGCAGGGGAGCAAGACAGUGGUGGCUGCAGUCCGCCACAACACUCCUGCCGUUGUCGUCGCUGCCACCUCCACCACCACUACCACCACAGCUACGGCCGCCACCGCCACCGCCACACCCUCCGCUGCCGCCCCCACGGCUGCCACGCUGCCGGCCGCCGCUAAGGCUGUCACCGUCAAUAAGGCAUUGCCCACCAAAGACAAGGAUAAGGGCAAAGAUAAACUUUUCACCUACAGCAGUUCCUAUUCUUCUAGCGGCGCAGCGGACGACGACAUCAAUGAUGUGGCGGCGAUGGGUGGUGUCAACCUGGGGGAGGAGUCACAGCGCAUUCUGGACUCAACCGGCUUCGUGGGGACGCAGAUUCGCUCCUGCAAGGACGAGAACUUUCUCUUCAGUGGCCCCCUCAGCCAACGGAUAAGACAGAUUUGUUCAAAGUACGGCCUUGAUGAUGCCCCGAAGGAUGUGGUGGCGCUGGUCUCGCACGCCACACAGGAGAGACUCAAGACCAUCGUGGAGAAGCUGGCAGUCAUCGCAGACCACAGAUUAGAGAUUAUUAAGCAAUGUGAUGCACGGUACGAGGUGAAGCAAGAUGUGAAGGCACAGCUGCGCUUCCUGGAGGAACUCGACAAGCUGGAGAAGAAACGCAAGGAUGAGCAGGAGAGAGAGAUGCUUCUGCGCGCUGCCAAGUCCCGCAGCAAAUCAGAGGACCCAGAGCAGGCCAAGCUGAAGGCCAAGGCGAAGGAGAUGCAGCGUGUGGAGAUGGAGGAAAUGAGACAGAGAGAUGCCAACCGCACGGCUCUCAAUGCACUUCAGGGACCCAAGAAAAAACCCAAGCUAGAUCUCAGCGUGGCAGACGAGGGUGGAACAUUUAGUGGAACUUUCACCCAGAAGUCGAUGCCGCUGCGGCCGCGCAUCAAGAGGGUUAACAUGCGGGACCUCAUGUUCCUGAUGGAGCAGGAGAAGGAGCUCAACAAGUCACCGCUGCUCUACCGCUCUUACCUCAAGUAGCCGGCCGGGGGGCUGCCGGGUGACGCUGCCUCUCCCCCCGCCGCUGGGGGAGUGCCGGGCCAUGCUGCCCCUCCUCUCUCGUGGGUGAGUGCCAGGUGAAACUGCCUCUCCUCUCUGCAGUGCCGCGGAGUGGCCCGCCGGCCAGCGCUGGCGGGGUGGAAGAUCUGUGAUUCUCUCAUGCAGCAUGUCAAGUGUCUUAUCACCGCGUGGCCUCGGGGCCGAGACCGCUCCGGGGACUGUGAUGGGCCGGCCGCCCGGCCACCCGCCGAACAUUGCCUCAGGCCCGGCCGGCACCAGUGGACGUGCGAACAGUGGCUUACACACCAGAGAAGGUACAACCAAACCUUUUAUUCCCUAAAUAUAUAGUAUCAACCCUAUUUUGUGCAUGAACCAUGUAAAUAUUUCUUGGAUAGGAAAAUCUUUAAAAUAUUUUUAUCCGAUGCCCGUCGUCGCCACGUUACGGAAACUGAGGAGAACCUUUGAUACGCAGCCUCUGUAGAUACUGUACAGUUUUUAAGACUUGAGGCCUUUUCUGUUAUUGUGUUGUUCUUGUACCACAGAGCUACGGUUUGUCUUGCAUGCACGGGGCACCGCACAGCCAGGGCGCCGCUGCCGCCACCGCUGCCGUCGCCACGGGGGCCGCGGCCAGCAAAGUUGCCAAAGACGUAAGCUUCUCUUUUCACCGUGGCCCCGGUGGUGCGGCGGUGGCGGUGGCAGCAGCAGGGGAGAGUUGUUAAUACAUUGUGCUGGAGGAAGGGAAAACCUUAACUGUAAGACAUAUGCAAGAUGACAUUAGGUAAAGAAGUCUACUGUACUUUGUAAGAAAUUGUGUAGAUGUUGAGGAGACUUUCUUAUGAUUUGUACUGCUGUACUUGCACCUGAUUUUAUUGUUACUUCUGCUUCAAUUGGCUUGUAUUCUCACUUGGUUGAACAAGACUGCUCCUUUGCCGCGCCGCCUGUGUCUGUCGGCACAAGGCUUGCCGGCCAGGCGGCAGCGGCGGUGGUGGCGGCGGUGGCACAGACACACGGUGGCCCGGCCGCAGCACAAGAUCUUCCACCAGUGGCCGGGCGCUGCCGCUGCCGCCGCGGUGCCCUGCAGCGUGCCGCGCCAAGUCCUGCAGUGUGGCACUGCUGGCGCUGGGCCCUCGCUCUCUUGGUGUGUCGUGCAGCACACAUGGGUGGCUGCCCCAGACACCUGCCGCCCCAUGUGCCGCCCUGCCCUGCUGCUGCUCGUGCCGCUCAUCCAAAGGGUGUGGUGCUGCAGGGCGCCCAGCACUGCCGCCAGCACGCCUUAGGCACACCCUGACGGGGCGCCUUCCUGCUUCACCAAAACACAAAACGAGAGAGAACAGUGACGCGCCGCGGCUUUCACUCCUUCCAUUCUUGCUUCCCUGGUCUGCCCCGCGGGGCGGCGGCCGGCCACUGGACGCACAUGUCCGUGGUGCUGGGACGUGGUGGCAGCAGUGGCGGCACGAGUGCGCAGGGCGGUGGUGGUGGCGGGGACGCGCUGAAACAGGUACAACAAUGAAGACCAAUUGUAGCUAAGCAUUUUGUACUGUGUGUCAAGGAUGCUGUGCCUCUGUAAUGUGUUUUUGUAAUUAUAUGUUGUUAUACAGUUUUGGUUGCUUUUAUCUUGCGGUAACCAGAGGGGAGUGUCCAGGCAGUUCUGUGUCAGACAGAUGGACAGACAGACAGGAGAGGAGGGAAGGGGAUGAGUCGUGCUGGAGGAAGUCAGUUGCUGUUUUGAGUUCUGACAAUUUUGUGUUUUCCCGAUUGUUUUCUCAUCCCAGUAGUCACAUUGCGGAGUGGAAGGAAGCGUGGCCUGUGCACCGUGUCCUGGGGUCUGUUUAUUUCCACACUCAUCACCAUAGUCACCAUAAAUCAGUUCCUAGAGUGGCAGGAGAAGGAGAAGGAAGACUUAAACAGUUGAGGCUGCAGCACAAGCAACAACCAAAACAUGAACACAAGGCACCUCUAUCACCUUCAUUCCACUGAACACAAGGACACCCACACCAGUCUGUCUUACCCUGAGGGACCAUUAGGACCUGUACAGCCGUGUGUGAGGGAGCCAGGAUGUCAGGAGAAGCAGGGACAAGGAAGGGAGCUGUGUACUGAAGGGGUGUUGGUAAGGGAAGAUUAUAUAGUGCUGGUUUUAGUUCUGUGAAUCCUUCAAUAAUGGUGUGUUUAGGGGGAACAGACAGACAGGCAGGGAUGAGGGAAUGAAUGCUGCUACUGUUGUGUUCAGGGAAGAAUGCUGGAAAGAUGUGAGGGAAGGAGUGCUGUUUUAGUUCAGUAUCUUCUUAAGUAAUGCUGGUUUUAUGGAGGAAUAUAAUAGAAUGAGAGAGGGAUGAAUGAGUGAAUGCUGCUACUGUGCUGUUCAAGGAAGGAUGCUGGAAAGAAGUGAAGGAAGGAGAGCUGUUUUAGUUUAGUAUCUUCCUAAGUAAUCCUGGUUUUAGGGAGGAACAUAAAGAAAGACAGGAAUAAGUGAAUGAAUGCUGCCAGUUUGCUAUUGUGGGAAGGAUGCUGGAAAGAGAUGAAGUGCUGGUUAGUUCAGUAUCUUUAGUAACAGGACAGAUGACUUAAGUGGUGGUGUGCUGUCUCAUAUUGUGCUGCUGGAGAGGAAAGGCUACCAGGGAGAGUGGAGAAUCAGAGGAAUAAGUGGAUGUUAGGUUGAUUUCACAUUGUGCUUCAUUGUGGCAGAUAAAGUGGGCAAUAUAAAGAGUGGUGAGGAAAAGAUUGAGCUGUGGAAGUGGAGAAUGGUGAGGUAGGUGGAUGCUAGGAAGAGGAUGUAAUAGAGAACAGUAAGGAAAAAAAUUGAGCUGUGGAAAUGUAAAAUGGUGAGGCAGGUGGAUGCUAGGAAGAGGAUGUAAUAGAGAACAGUAAGGAAAAAAAUGAACUGCAGAUGAAGAAUUAUGGGGUAGAUGGAUGCUAGGUUGACUUCAUGUUGUGCUUCGUCAUGGCAAAUAAAGAUGCAGCAGAGAGUGGUGAGGAAAAAAUUGAACUACAAGUGAAGAGAUAUUGAUGUUAGUUUGAUUUCACUGGAGAGAAUGCAAGAGUAGAGAGGUGAAAGAUCCGUACCAGCAGAGUGAAAAUCAACAUUUGUUAUUUAAAGACUUCCAUUAAUAAAUUUAAAACGGGACAAACAUGCAUCAGAAAUACUGUGGGGAAUCAUAAAAUAAAAAAAAUAAAAAAAUGCGAGUGGUGUGUGUGUGUGUGUGUGUGUGAAUUGUGAAACUUUAAAAAGAAUAUUACAAUGGUAGGAUGUGUGUGUGUGUGUGUGUGUGUGUUUCCUCCAGCCCCUGCAUUUAGUUGACACAAGGCUUGGGGUGUGUCCAGUGUAAGGGUGUGGGGGAUGAGUGGACAUGCAGGCAGGGUGUGGGGGUGAAGGGUGUUACGGGCAGGCUGGCAGGGGUGAGCAGGUUUGGCUGGAGCAAUGUACUUAAGAUAGGACAGUGUAUGUGUGUGUGUGUGUGUGUGUGUGUGUGACACUGGGGACUAGUGGUGGGUGAGGGAAACAGCAGCAGCAGCAGCAAGUCAGGUAUCAUGGUCUCCGCAAACUCAAGAUCAAACAUUAAGCAGUUCUGUAGUAGAUUUAUAUAUAUAUACAUAUAUACAUAUAAAUAUAUAUGAUAUAAAUAUAUACAUACAUUUAUAUAAUUACAAUUCUUUUUCUUUUCUUUUUUUCACCUUUUGGUUGAUGUGACGUGUUUUACUAGAAUUUAUUUUAUUAAACUUUUCAGGAAGAGUUUUAUUUUUACUUUUGUACGUAUUAGUCAUGUCGUUUCUUCACUGCUGUUAAGUUAGUCUGGGGUGGCCAGUUGGAGGUGGUGGUGGUGGUGGUGGUGGUGAUGGUGAUGGUGGUGAGGUCCUGGGGUGUUGAAGGCAUCAAGAGCACAGCCUUGUGGGCAUUGUGUGACCUGUGCAGGGCUGGGGAGAGGAAAGGAGUGAAGACCUUUGACUGUUACACACAAAUCUCCUGUGAGGGGAUGUUGCCAAGCCCUUUAGUGCUUGUAGGAGUGACCUGUGGCUCUCAAUAGUACUAGAGGCCACCCACAGGAGCUGCACCACACUGACCUAACAAGUGGUCUGUUUGUGAGGUCUUCCUGGGGCUGAGGUGUGGCAGCGCAGUCUGGUGCUCCACACAGCCAAAAAAAUAGGGUUUCAGUUUGUCACCAAGAGCCUGUCAAGAAGUCAAGGGUGUUUCUAUUCCUAAGUGUUGCAUCAAGGGCUGUGGCAUCUGUAACAGCCUUCCUUGGUGCUGUGUCAUCAAGAGGAGUCUAUCAAGAAGUCAAGUGUGUUUAUAUCCCCAAGUGUUGCAUCAAGGACUGUGUGGUGUCAGUAUCAGCCUUCCCAGCCUCCUUGGUAUGGCGUGUGGUGUGCAUAGACAGGGGAGGUGUGGUGGAGUGGUGGUGUCAUGGUGUGGUGUUGUUAAGGGCUGCUGGAGGACCUGAAUUGGUGUGUGCAGUGGCAUGGCGUGUGGUGCCGGUGUGGUGUGUGGUGUGUGGCCAGGGCGAGGUCUGGCAUUACCGUGGCUGGCUGGUGCGUCUCGGUGAAUGGCGAGGACCACCGCACGGCUGAGUCUUGUGGAUUCAUUUUUUCGUGGAUUCAUUUUUUGUAACCCAUAAUGCUGUACUGUAAUAGUGUAGACCAAUGCAGGUUAAUAUUUUUAUAUAAAUUAUUUAUCACUCCAAUUAAUAAAAAUCACAUCCAGAG